UCCGCUUUUUGUGGAUUUGCCGACCCUGUGUGCGCCAUCUAUUAAAGUUCAUAGGUAAACAAAUCAGGCAAGUUCUCUGUCUAUACGCUGACUUGUGUGUGAAGGAAAGACUGGAGUGCGGGGAAAUGUUCGGAGGACGUGACGGCGGGGCGCCAGUGAGUGUAGCGGGCGGCGUGGCGCGCACUCCGCGGUGCUGGUGAGUGAGUGAGGCGAGUGUGGCCACAGUGGCCAGUGGUGCCGCCGGGGCCACUCGCUGUGACUCGGGAUUCUCAUAAAAAUUCAAUAUGGCAUCCAAUACGAGUGAAGCAAACACUCAGGCAAUGGAUAAGUCAGUGAGCGGCGGCAACGUGAUCACCAUCACCACUAGCGAGACCCUGCGCUUGGACGGGGAGCGGGGGGCGCUGCACCUGGCGGCGGCCGCGGCAGGGGGGGGACAGGCCGCCCCCAAGAAGAAGAACUCCUCCUUCCAGAUCACGAGUAUUACCUCGCGCCUCAGCAAUGACGGCGGCGAGGACAGCGCAGACGACACGGAGGACAUCUCUGACAUCAUGGACAGCUCCAAGGUGACGGACCUGGACCAGGAGACGCCCAGCUUUGAGGACUACUCCAAGAGCGAGGAGGUGUUCUUUGGGCCCGCCCCUGUCAUCCCUACCAGCUCCCAGUACGGUAUCACGGCGCUGGUGCAGCAGACUGGCUCAGGGGGCGUAAUGACAGCCAUGCUGCCCCAGGGGGUGACUGUCAAUGUGACAGAGGGAGGCAUUGCCCUGGCCAAGGCUGAUGGGGAGUCUGACGACGUCAAUCACUGGCAGAACAGGUUCAAGAUUGUCAAGAUAGACUCCAACGAGCCAUUCAAGCGGGGCCGCUGGAUCUGCCUGGACUUCAUGGACUCCCCAGCAGUGACAGCAGCUGGCAGCGUCAAGAAGGACGACGGCUCCACGGUGGUGGUGACCGGCACAGUGCUGAAGGACGGGGAGGCCGGAGAUGCCACCCAGCCCCAGACCGUGGUGCAGCUGACUGUGCCUCAGCAGCAGCAGGACCAGCAGAAACAGCAGCAGCAGCAGCAACCACAGCAGCAGCAGCAACAACAGGUUCCACAGCCCCAGCAGCCCCAGCAGCAGCAGCAGCCAGCACCACCGCAGGGGCAGACCAGCCAGGCACAGCCGCACUCCGUGCCUGUGCCGCAGCAGUACCAAGUGCCGCACUCCUCCCAGGCCUCCACUCCCAUGGUGCCUGCCUCCCAGGGCACCGUGCCCCUCCAGCCCUCCACCCACCUGCCGGGGCCGCCCACCAAUCAGGGCCAGGCUACUAUGCCCUACCCACCUCACUCCCAGCCUGGCCCCCUGCAGGGCCAGCUGCAGCCCCAAAUCUCCCAGGGCUACACUGCUGCCACCCAGGCCCCCCAGGCCACCAGCCAGAUCCACCCCUCCCCUUCACCCCACACCCCUCCUCAGGCCCAGCCCCCUCUGCAGCAGCCCCUGCAGCCCCCACCCCUGCAGCAGCCACCACCCCAGCUGCAGGCACCCCAGGGGAGCCAGCCCAGCGUGCCCCAGCAGCCAGCAGUCAGCUCCAGUGGGGGCGUGAUGGUGCCCCCUACCUCCCUCACCCAGCCUCCACCCCACCAGACCCCGUUGACCUCCCAGAGCAUGCCCCCAGCCCAGCAGCCCCAGCAGGGCCUGCCGGGCCAGAACGUGCCCCAGUCUGGCGUGCUGGCCCAGCCCCUUCAGCCUGGGGUGAUGGCCUCUCUGUCCAGCCAGACCCUGCCCCAGCCCGGUGUGGCCCACCAACCCACUCCAGUCAUGACCCAGCCCCAGGCCGGCCUGUCCCAGAAGGCUGCAGCAGGCCAGCCACAGCUCAAUCAGCCCCUGCCCUCCAAGCCCCUGGCUGCCGGGACGCAGCAGCUGCCCUCAGUGGCGGCCUCCCAGCAACAGGCGGUGGGGGCCAGCAUGGUGCCGGCCACAGUGGCCAUGGGCGCCACACAACAGCUGCCCGCAGCCUCCGCCGCCUCCACCAUCAAGUCGUCCGGGCUGGUGCCCACCCCUGCCACCACCCCCGCCCAGCCUCAGACCCACCACACCUUGGCCACAGCAGCACCCUCAGCCGCCGACCAGGCCCAGCCCUCUCUGUCCCAACCUCAGAAGCCCCCCACCAACCUGGAGGGCAUCCCCCUUGCCCAGCCUGUGGAUGAAGCCACCAACGCCACGCCCCCCGCCCAGCAGGACGAAUCUGAGAGUGCCUCGACCGCCAGCACAGUUGCCAUUGAUAACAAGAUAGAGCAGGCUAUGGACCUCGUCAAGUCGCAUCUGAUGUUCGCCGUGCGGGAGGAGGUGGAGGUUCUGAAGGAGAAGAUCACGGAGCUGCUGGACCGCAUCUCGCAGUUGGAGUACGAGAACAUGGUGCUGCGUCAGUACGCCACUCAGGAGGCGCUGCAGAAGAUACAGCAGCACCAUGCCUCCAACACCUGAGCCGCCCACCUCCCCCGCCCCCCGCCCGCACUCUGUCAUGGUGAGGGGCGGCAGCUGACCAGUGUGUUCUAGUCAGGCCGCCCCGCCACGCGUCGCAGGCCGCGCCGGCCGGCGGCAGCUCGCUCCAAGCAGCGCCCCGCCGCCGUGGCUGCUUCAUCGUCAUCGCCAUCGUCGUCACCUCGUGCAGCAGCAUCCUCACCUUCACCAUGACAGCCGCCGCGGCUCAUCUUAGCCUAGACGCUCUGUAUAUAUAUCCCCGCCCCUCUCUGCCCCGCCAUGUUUAUACAGAUUAUUUUUGUUGGCCAUAUCUCUAGUAUAUUAUACUGUUACUCGUGUAGUGAUGCACAGGCUUGAGUGCUCGCCUCGUCAGCCAGUCAGCGGCGCGUGGCGGGGGUCACCACCACUUCAUUCAUUCAUUCCAGGUGACUGUGACCCCCUCCCCCCGCACCCUUACUCAGUCUAUUGUUAUUGUUUUGUAUAGUAGUGUUGCAGCCCGCGUGGGAAGGCCGCGGGUCAGGCAGCUCUUAGGAACAGCCGGCCUUACCGCGUCACCGUGCCUUUCCUCCCCACGCGACGGGCAAGGCUUGUGAUAACGCGACCCUCGGCCUUCAAAGUCAGCGGGUCCUCAUAUUGAGGGCCCCUCGCUCGCAGAACAGGGAGGCUUGAGGCGCUGCAGCAGCUGCUGUGCGCGGCCAGGCGCUCAAACCACCAGACUAUCACACUAAUAGCUUUAGACAGACAGGCCCUGCUGGAUCCCCGCCGACAGCGGCGCGCAUGUACGUGGCCGCGCAGGCCCCUACCAGCAGCAGCAGCAGCAGCAGUCAUGUAUAACUCAGCUUGUUGUAGAUCAGGUUCUCGCUCGCCUCACCCCCUGUCUUAUGCAGCAUUUGUAUAACGUAAAUAAAGGUAUACAUCAUGAA